GGCCCCUAUAAAUACCCCUUCUUUAUCCGUGACUCAAAACCCUAGCCUUCGUUGUGCGCCUCCCAGAAGCGUAACCCUUGCGGUCUUGGUCAGGAGGAUCUCAUGGCUUCCAGGAAGGACGAUCCCAAGAACUCGGAGCACGAUGGUGCAAGCCCCGGGAAGAUCUUCAUCGGCGGGCUUCCCAAGGACACGAGCAUAGCUACAUUCUUGAAACAUUUUGGGAAGUAUGGUGAAAUCAUAGACUCAGUAAUCAUGAAAGAUCGAUUCACUCAACAACCUAGGGGAUUUGGGUUCAUUACAUAUUCUGAUCCUUCUGUUGUUGAUAAAGUCAUAGAGGACAACCAUGUCAUAAAUGGGAAACAGGUUGAGAUAAAAAGAACCAUUCCGAAAGGCUCUGCCCAGUCAAAGGAUUUCAAAACAAAGAAGAUUUUUGUUGGAGGUAUACCAUCAACCGUGACAUCAGAUGAGUUCAAGAGUUUCUUCUCCAAGUAUGGCAAGGUUUUGGAGCAUGAAAUCAUUAGUGAUCAUGUCACCAAGCGAUCACGUGGCUUUGGUUUCAUAAUCUUUGAUUCUGAGAAAGUUGUUGAUGAAUUACUGUCUGAUGGCAAUAUGAUAGACCUAGCUGGUAGUCAGGUGGAGAUCAAGAAAGCCGAACCAAAGAAAAACUCUAGUGCACCACCUCCUCAUUAUGGUAGUGAAUUUAGGGAUCGUUCUUAUGGUGAUGGACUUGGUGGAUAUGGUGGAGGCUCUUUUGGUGGGUUUGGAGGUGGUGGAUUUGGCCCUUCAUCCUAUAGAGGAGGCGGAGGAGGUUUGGGCCCUAGGCUUGGUGGUUAUGGUGGUGGUGCUGAUGAGUUCGGAGGUGGUGGAUAUGGAGGUUUUGGUGGUGGAGGCCUAGGUGGUUAUAGAGGUGAGUCAUCGCUCGGUUACUCUAGUCGACUCAGCUCAUAUGGUGGAGGUUUUGGUGGGGGAUAUGGCGGUGGUGGGUUUGGUGGUGGGGGAUAUGGUCGUGACGAGGGCUUUGGGGGUUACGGUGGAUCUAGUUAUGGAGGUGGUUAUGAUUCUGGUCCAGGUGCUGGCUAUGGCUCAGGUGGCGGUGGAUUGUAUGGAGGUAGGGGAAGCUAUGGUGCUGGUGCUGGACCUACAGGUCGGUACCACCCAUAUGCAAGAUAGGUUGCUGCCAUUUCUGCUCCAUAGGUGUUUCUCAGGUAUCAAUCCUAUUUAGUUCAGAAGGUAUUCUAUCAGGUACCAGUUUUAUUUAGUUCAUAAGGGUGGUAUUUGCAGGGCACCUCUUUCUUUUAGUUCAGCAGGUAUUUCAGGCACCAGUCCUAACUCUUUAGAUCAGAAGGGGGUCAGACGAUUGCUAGUAGAUAUCCUGCUAGACUAUAUGAUGAACGAGAGAAGUAGUUCGUGAAAGUUCCAUAGGCUUGUUUGCUCGUCUUUCAACAAUCGUUCCGAAGAAUCAUCUUCUGUAUUGGCUUAGUUAUCUAUUUGUAGCGACAUUUGCUAUCGUUUUGUUGCUAGACUUGGAUUUUAUUUGUAGAACCUUAUUUAGAGUUACUUUUAAGAUAAUGACCUGCUAUAGGCUUGUUUGCUGCUGUUUAUUUAAGUAUUGUGAAGCGGAUCUUUAUUGCUGGCUAGUUGAUUGAAAUGGACGAUUGUAGCAUCUAGCAUCUAGUGAUGUUUUUGUUUAUAGACAAACCUUAUGGCCGUUACAUUAAGGUCACAUA